GCUAGGAGCUGGGCUGGAGGCGGGCCAGUUACUCAACACUGGAGAAACGGGUUUCUCUCCUCCUCGCCUGCCUGCCUGCCCGUCUGCACAGAACAGAGCAGAGGAGCUGUGUCAUGUGUAAUUUAAUACCAGACGCAGGCUGACUGAGCCUCACUGCACACAGAGAGCCCCCUCACAGCCUGAGAGGCAGGCAGGAGAGGCAGGCAGGCUAAGCAGGCAGACUUCCAGGGUCCGGCUCAGCCCUCCAUGACAGGACAAAGAGCAGGGGAUGAGGGACCGACCAGAGCCCUAGUGAGGGACCGACCAGAGCCCUAGUGAAGGACCGACCAGAGCCCUAGUGGACCCAUCAACGUCUCCCUCUCCCCGUGGCCAGCUGUAGCCAGCCUUCCCUGGCACCAGCAGAAACCCAAGGCCAUCUCUGAUUGCACAAGGCCAUCCCUCUCCCCUUCCCUCUCUCUUGUUCCAGUCUUGCCACUCCCCCAUCUCCCAGUGGUGGCAUUGGGGCUCCCAGGAUGCGGCUGCUCAGCGCUCUGCUGCUCCUCCUGCUCCUCAGGUCCACUGAGCCCAGGAAGGGUGGACGGAACAGAGAAAGGGGCAGGGCCCGGGGUAAAGGCAGGGCCAAUGCUGUCAAACGCCAAACCUCUGAAUGCAAGGAAUACAUGGAGGCCGGAGAGAAAUACCUGGACUGUCAGGACCGCCAGCUGACCGGGGUGCAACAGCACUGGCCUGAAGACAUCCACCACCUCCUGCUGGCCCGCAACAAGAUCCAGGUGCUCAGAGACAACACCUUCUCCCAGUUCAAGAACCUAAAGAGUCUGGAUCUACAACAGAAUGAGCUCUACAUGGUGGAGGAGGAGGCGUUCGCAGGGCUGGGACAGCUCACUACUCUGCUUCUUCAGCACAACCAGAUGAAGACAGCUUCUGAGGAGCACCUGCUGCCCUUGCCAAACCUCCGCUACCUGCGUCUCUAUGACAACCCCUGGGACUGCCGGUGCUCGCUGGAUAGUCUGGUCAGGACCCUGCAGGUGCCCAGCAACCGUAACCUAGGGAACUACGCCAAGUGUUCGGAGCCGGAUGCGCUGAGAGGUCAGAAGCUGAAGAAGAUGAGGCCAGAGCUGCUGUGUGCUGAGGAUGGGGAGGGCCAUCUGCCAGGGCAGAAAACUCAGGAGGGGCAGGGUAGUCUGCCCAAACCACCUCCUAUCAAGAAGUACCCUGAUGCCAACUCCUUGUGCCACACCUACAUGUUCCCCAAACCCAUGCUGGACUGCAAGAGCAAAGAACUGAAGAACAUCCCCUCAAGUCUCCCGUCAGACAUUGUGAGGAUGGACUUGUCCAGUAACAGCAUCACUCAGCUCCGGCCCAAGGAGUUUGUUGCUUCCAGGGACCUGAAGCUUCUCAACCUCAGCAGUAACAGUCUGGAUCAGAUCGACACAGCUGCGUUUGCGGGCCUCCUGUACCUGCGAGAGCUGGACCUGUCCAACAACAGCCUGCACUACUUUCGGUACGGAGUGUUGGAGGACCUGUACUUCCUCAGGAUGCUGAAUCUGGGGGAUAACCCCUGGGUCUGUGACUACAACAUCCACUACCUGAUCUACUGGCUGAAGCAUCACCCCGGGGUGGCCUACUCUGGCCUAAUCUGCACCGAGCCUCAGGAGUUCAGGGGCUGGCCCGUGGAGAAUUAUGUCAAGACCUACAACGGAGAGUGUCCCAAUGAUAAGGAUCCACAGCCAGGGAAGGGGGAUACAGGACAGGGACAGACGGCUCAGGAGCUAGUGGCCGAGACAGAGGAGGCGGAGAUGGAGCUUCUGCCGAAGCCUCUGAGAGACCCCAGACCAAAGAAAUAUGAGGUCACCAGGUUGACUUAAUAGGACAGAGUUGGAAAUUAGAAAAGAACUGUUGUUGUUGUUUUCUAUUAUCACAGAACAUUCCAAUUCAGUCUAUCAGAUUUUUUUUUUUUACUUUCGAAUUCCCACCAGCAUAACCAAUGCAGGACAGCUGGAUUCCCUACAGCAUAACCAAUGCAGGACAGUUGGAUUCCCACCAGCAUAACCAAUGCAGGACAGUUGGAUUCCCACCAGCAUGACCAAUGCAGGACAGUUGGAUUCCCACCAGCAUGACCAAUGCAGGACAGUUGGAUUCCCACCAGCAUGACCAAUGCAGGACAGUUGGAUUCCCACCAGCAUGACCAAUGCAGGACAGUUGGAUUCCCACCAGCAUAACCAAUGCAGGACAGUUGGAUUCCCACCAGCAUAACCAAUG